AUGCCUUUCAAGAUAAAAGUGUCUCAUAGCGAUGAUAUUUGUCCCGACGAAAACAAAAACGCAGCUGAAGUGAAUAGAUUUCACAGAACAGCGCAGGAUGAAGAAAACAAAGGAGAUCAUAUGCCUGAAACACUGCAAAGCUUCUUGAAUGCAACAUCUCUUCAUGGGGCUCGGUUCCUUUAUGCUGACAAUUUAUUGCGGCGAAUUCUCUGGGGCCUGGCUAUUCUCGCAUCUUUUUCAGUUUGCUGUUAUCAGUCGUACUUAUCAAUGAAAGAGUUUUAUCAAAGGCCGUUUAUUACGAAGAUUACCUCGAAAAGCCCAGAAAGAAACGAGAUGAUUUUCCCAGCGGUUACACUUUGCAAUUUUAAUAUUGCAAACAUGAAGAAGAUUCGAUAUACACUUUCUCGUAAUUAUGGUUUGAAAGAGGAGGAAGUCGCUAAAAAAGCUGAUCAAAUUUCAAGAAUUCUUUUGCUGUCCAAAGACACCAUGAAAGACGACCUGGAUGGGAUUGACGAUCUACUUCUACGAGAUGCGGAAGCAGUCCUGAAAGAACAUGGUCAUCAGAUUGAUGAAAUGCUCCUCCCGAAUGUUCCACCGACAUUUAUAUCUUGUUCAUUUGAUGGCUUGCAAUGUGGGGCAACCAACUUCACUAGCUUCAUUAGCUCAUUCUACGGGCAGUGCUUCACAUUUAACUCAGGCCGGAAUGGAGGACCACUCUUGAAAGCUAGAAUGGCGGGCAAAAACAGCGGGUUAAAGCUGCGCUUAAAUAUACAGAAAGACGCUUACUUGAAAAAUGCCAAGAGGCCUUUUGCCGGGAUGGCAGUUCUUGUACAUGAUCAGAAAAACUUUCCCUUUAUGGAAGAAGUCAGUCUUGGAGUUGCACCAGGGAUUCAAACCUUUUAUUCUUUUAAGAUGAAACAGGUAUUAAAAAAGUAAUACAGCCUUUUGAAAUAACUGAACAUUGGCCGUUUUCAUAAAUAGAGAAAGGUUAUCCGUCUCAGAAGGGUUAUUAUAUCGGUUGGAUAAUUCGAAGGUGAAAAAGAAAUUGCUUUAAUUUUGGACAAAUAAUCCGUCUGCCCUUAUUCUCUUAAUUUGUCUGCGGUUUUUUGGUCAAUUUUGACGGAUUUUGAAGACUUAUUAUCGACGAAUAAUCCGUUUCUAGCGUGAAAGCGGCCAUUGGCUAAAAUAAUCCUGUAAGGUUUUGCUCUAGCCCUUUAAACGGACAUUUCCUUUCGUUUGUUGGUAAUUAUAUAAUUAUGAAUCUGAUUUGCGAACCUCCUUCGAAAAAAUAAUUACUUUUGGUUUACUCUUACAAAUUAUUAAUGAGGUUGAGGUAUACGUAUUGUCACCAUUGUUUUCUUUCGGAUAAACUUCGCCAUUUUCAAAAUGCAUUGAUAAAUAAAUUAUGAUAAUAAUAAUUGAUUUAUACCGCGCAAAAUUCAACAAUGUUUUCAAAUGCACCUUACAAUUUUGAAAUAAACCUAAAAUAUAAUUAAACAAAUACUAUUCAUUCAAAAAAUCAGUCUUGCUACCAUUUACGAUAACUGAGUCAAGCUAUUUGAACAAUUCCCAUCGUCUUUAGUCUUUGUUGGUAGACUCAUUGACACAUAGUCAAAGUGACAAGGUAUUGUGGGAAAUAUUUUUCGUUCAUUUUAAUGAUUCCCAACUUUUUAUUAUCAGUGCAAUCGUGAAGGAAAAAAAGGUCAGCAAUCUCAAGGAUGAAAUGGAAAAAACAACCCCUCAUAAACUAUCGCAAAUAUCGUAUCGAUUGUAGCUUGUGUAACAGGUGGUUUCUUUGUGUGUUUUGAAUCGAUCGUGGGUCGUAAAGUAAGAGCCUUGCGAAAGCUGAACAGAUAUCGAACAAGAAAACGAUGAGGGAGAAAAGUUUUCUAUACCUUCUUUCUUUCUUUCGUCCCCUUCUUCUUCGUUUCCUUUUUGGACCUCCAGAACACACGAACGAAAAACACACCAAAAAAAGCAUAUUUGGAUUCAGUUCUCUUGUGACUGCUAUUUUAAGAUACAUAGCGUGUUCAUGUUUUACAAUAAGUGUUCUACCAAGACUAAUUCAACUUAGCGGCUUCCAGUGUGAAAAAUGUAUCUCAGGGAAGCCAUUUUCCAAAUGGAUGGAGGACGCUGAGAAAUUAAAAGACGGCCGCAUUCCUGCAUAGUUAUUCAGCUUCCGCGACCGUAUUAAAAUUCGUAGUUUCUUUUUAUGCUAGGCAAAAGUGAAUUUUUAUAGCUGGGUGACAACUUAUUUUUAUCAAUUAAACUAAAGUAAUUAUUAAAACUGAUUGUAUGAAAGUGAACAUGAUCUUCGUAGGAGAAUGAGCGAUCUAAGCGGUUGAAAAAGAACCUGAAAGAGACGAAAAAUUCAGGCUUUUUUGACAGGAAUCGAACUCUGACUUUCGCGAUGACUGGACGCAAUGUUCUAUCCAUAUAGCUAAUCAAGGCAGCUGAAAAGCAGAUCAUUGUGAGUUUGGAUUAUACCUGGUGGUGGAAAUGAUAUGAACUGAAAUACAGAACUUUGAAACGAUUGAUUGACUGUGCUGUCUUUUCCGUCUGCAGAUGCGUAGUUUGGAAGCCCCAUAUCAGACUAACUGCACUCAAAGAACAUUACAAAUGUUAAGCACUGGUGAUGUGUACAAUUACACCAAACUGGUCUGCCUCAAAAAGUGUGAAAACCAGGUUAUUGUCAAAAAGUGUGGAUGUCGACCUCCAAUGUUUUACGGUAACGUAUUUUCCACUUUAUAUACUUAGUUUGGUUUGUAAAUGUUUCAGUUUCGCUUACAAACAUUCAUCCUUCUCUAUGUGAAGCCACGAUCUCUGCGAUCGGUCCGGAAUCAGUUCGAACGCCUCGAUGAUUCGUUGCAAUGAUUAAUGCUCUUAUUCUCUUACAUGAAAUGCUCUCUUUGAAAUAUUAAAUGUGAAACCUAGACGAGUGCUGUAAGCUCAUCUUUAAUCCUGUCCUACUCCGUCUUUUUAAUCACUGGGGCGAUGUUUUGAUUUGUGUUUUGAUAAACGGAAGCGCGCCUUAUCAUUGGUUGAAAAGCGUCGCGUGACCAGUUGGCCCUGUCCCUAAAUUUAGCUAUAGGGAUAUUCCGGACUGUUAAUUUACUGCUAUCUUUAUGUGCAUAGACUGUAUUCACUACACAAUUUGGCCUAAAAUUUUCCUUACUCCUAGGCAAUUUCUCGAAAUUUCUACGAAUGGCAGUUGAUUUAAUCAAGAAAAUUUGACACAUUCAAAUUAGAGGUGUUCUUUCAAACGCACUAUUUAAAUCACUCAUGAUAGAAAAUGUUCCAUAUACAUUUCAGCUGUACAAAUAUGCCUAACGAGAGAACAUAUGUACUCUUGGCCUGACAGUAAAUUUCAGUUCUGUGGAUGUUGGUUUCUGACGUCGUUAAGCCUCUCCCUCGUGCUAACAGAGACGACACUAUAAUGCUAGCACAUGGCCAUCUCGAAAGAGUACUUUCCUAACGCUAUGGUUUGCACGAGAAAAUGAGGUUAUUGCUCAUGAUCCAGACUAACAAUGACUUGGCUUUCAAGUCUAAUACACCCGUUUCCUGAGUGAAAAACAAUCGUCCACGCAUUUCCAGAGCGAUCGUUUUAGGUUUGUUCGAGUUUUUGCCUCCCUUCUGUGAGGUUGCACUGGUCCCUGGCCGCUGGAAAGCACUCCAUUAAACAGAUUAUUGCCAUGAAAGGAAAAGCAUUUGUCUUUCUCACAUGAUUUUUUCAUUUUAGGGACAUCUAAAGUUUGUGCUCCGAAUAAUACAAUAUUUUGUGUUUUUCCCGCUCUUGGUAAGUUUUUACUAAGAAUAUGAUCGUUAUUAAUGUAAAUAAAUGUACAUUGGACAAAGGAUGGCAUGAAAAAUACACGUUUACCCCGCCACCUCUUGUAAUUUUGAUUUAAAAACCGCGCCGUCUAAAUGUUCUGCCCUGUAGUAUUUAUUCUUUCUUUGUGCAUGACAAACCAAUUUUUCUAAGCUUCAACUGAGAAGUACAGAUGAACAUUUGCUAGGUACCAAGGCAGUGGUAGUGGUAGGCUGGUCUCUGUCUAUUAAUUAUUCAUAUCUUAUUCAGUCCAAUAAUGUCAAACGUACCUCCCUCCUUCUUUACAAGGGAAGUGUUAAAUAAUCGGCGACUAAAAGAAAUACGCCAAUAGCAACACCACUACCCAUACUUCUGCAUUUGCAACUUUUACUCUAAAAAAAGAUAACUUACGAUUAAAACUAAGACUUCUCUUAAUGAUCAGAGACUUCUUUUCCUUUGAAAACAAUUUCUAACAAUUUGUAGAAAGUCUUAUUUCAUCUGAGGAGCAAAGAAAAUGUGAAGAGGAUUGUCCACUACCCUGCGAGGAAAAAGAGUACGAGUCAUCUCUAUCGUACGCUCGCCUCGAGAGAAGUAUUUUUGCGGAACAUCUCAUGGCAUUUCUAAAGACAUCACCAACUCAUAACCCGUCGUUAUACAGCGAAUAUCAGCCAUUUCUCAACAUGACUACAGCGGAAAAGCGUGAUUUCAUAGAGUAAGUUGUCUAAAUCAAUAGAUAGUAUUUUAUGGGCCAUUCUGGACUAGGCAAGGAAAUACACCCAUGAACUUACCAUGGUACCCUUUCACAUCCCUAUUUACAGUGAGUCUUCUUGUCAUUUUAUACAGCGUUCAAUAAAUUAAAUUGAUACAACCAUUACUGAAGAGCAUCUGUUCGAAAUAUUUUAGUUGACGCCUUUUUUUAAAAUAACUAAAAUGUGAAUUUCACUACCCUUUCAUAUUUACAAACUUGUGAAAUCCCUACCCUUUUAAAUACGUAAAGUCUGCAAAAGGUACCCCUCGCGGGCGGAAGUUCCGCGUGUAGGCCAUCACGGGGAGCCAGUCCAGCUUAUAGAAUUAAAUAACAAGACUUUACUUACCUAAUUUUGUUUCUUCUUGCAGCAACAACAUCGUUUCCUUGGACGUCUACUUUAGCGAUUUACAUUAUCUAGAGUUCAAACAAGUGCCUUCUUUUGCGCCAUUCAGUUUCAUUGGUUAGUGUAUUACUUGUGGUCAAUACUCAGAGCUUAGGUUACUCUGCUCUAUGAUUACAGAAGAGAUGCAUUAAGUGAUGCAAGCGCUAUUCAGUUCUUAGACACCUGUUUAUACUCUGAUACUGGAUAGACUAAAGUUCCAAGCUAAACAAACAAUUAUCCCAAGUGUCAUGUGUGUCAGUGGUAUAUCAUAAAACCAGAAACUCAUCACACACAUAACGCCGUCAGCCCAAACCAUCAUUCGCCUCGCCAUUUACUUUAUGAUCACUAUCGCCACAUUGCUUUCGCUAAAAUUACGUCUUAAUCGUAAUAAUCACAUCGCGAUCGCUGUUUCUCAGUGUGGUUACAGACGGACAACGCGGAUCGCUUUUACUACAUCGCUCUAUCAAGAGAUAAAUGCCGUCUUAGUGUCAAGUCUAAAUUAUCAGUUUCUAACUUAAAAUAUGUUAAAAUGUUAGUUAUCAUUUACGACUUUUUCUUGGCAGCUACCCUGGGCGGCUUCUAUGGUCUCUUCUUAGGAGCGAGCAUGCUAUCCUGGUGUGAAAUCAUGGAAUACUGUGUUCGUAAAAUAUACCACAAGAUGGUUUCUACUUACAGAAGGAGUAUAAAUUAAGUUACAAACCUGGGUUCCUGGAUCCAUUUGAGUGCACCGGACAAAUUUUCAUCACUAGGAAUGAAAUGGAGUUUUUGUGAUACUUACAAAGUAAGAAAAAAGCGAGCAAACGAACAUCAACGGGAUAAAGCAAGAGUGAAGAUAUUGCAGGGCAAGGGAGUACUCGAGCACCGGUACCUUCACGCGUUCCAUUCGGUUAUGUCACCAAUACACUUCAGGCGAACUCAUAGUUGA